AACAACAACCCGCGGGUAAUGGAAUGUAUUCAAGAUGGAGGUGUGGAAAACAAGAUUGUUCAUGUGGAGUCCCUAAAGUUUUCGUAAUUUUUUUCAAAAUUACGACAAGCUACUAGUUAAAACAGUCAGUACUUCAUACUUCUACGUUAUAAUGAAAAUUACUGACAGAUAAACUUACUGUGCGCAGACAAAAGCAUUACAUACUACACGCACAUAUGUUGAAAACAUGUCUCACAUCGAAACAUCAUAUUCAUCACGAAGCUCAAGAAAAGGGAAACUUGCAUACUCUUCAUCUUUCAAAGGAAUCAACAAAAGUCAGCGUGGUCAAACAGAUGGACACUUUAACCGGGAAAAUGAGCUAAGGCACAGCACAGGCUCGAUAAAGGGAAAGAAAAUGGAUUUUAAUGCUGAAAACAAAGUAACCUCUGAUGAUCACAUUGAUUCUGUACCAUCAGUGCAUAGUUUGAUUAAAGGCUUCCAAUCACGAAUAGGUAAUGGUAGCACUCGGUCACAAAAAACUACAAAUGCCAAUAGUGACGCAGGUUCAGAUUAUAAAACACCAGGUUACGUAGCAGAAUCUCCAGCUUUAGAGAGAACUAAACGUACAAGUACAAGAAGGAAGUUAUCAAUACGACAUAAAAAAGCUAAUAAAAUGACUGCUGAUGAUGCACGCUAUAGUAUAUUACAGUCGUUAGGCAUGUCACCAUUUGCUUCGAAUAUAAACAGAGGUAUUGAGAAAUCCUUUGCAUUUUUUGACACGCAGAGCUUGUUUUUUGAUGUUGUUAAUGCAGCUACAUUAAAACUUCUCUGGGAGGAAGGUAGUAGUUAUACUAAAAAACUUACUGGUGCUUCAGCUGCUUCUGUGCGAAGCAAUUCAACGAGAAAAAGAGCUAAGUCAGGUGAAUUUGAUCCCCAAAGUGGUCGAUUUCGUUCUCGAGCAGAAUCAAUGAUUGAUGAAGGGGAUAAUAAAGAAAAUGACUUAGUUCAAAACUGUCCAUAUUUUCGAAAUGAAAUAGCUGAUAUAGAAGAACAAAAUAGUGAAUUAAAUGAAGCUUCUAGUAAACAUAAAAAAGAUAUAGCAAAAUUAAUUUCCAUGUUUAACAGAAAUCGUUCGUUUGAAAACUUACGUAAUAACACAUAUGAUGGAUCGAAAAAACAUUCCCGUUCCCGAAAAGAGUUUGAGUCUACAGAGCAAGAUAUUUUACUUGAAGACGUUAGUGAAGACUCUUCCUUCUUUGUGUGGGAUGAGCCAAAUGUUAGUGGGAAAAGGAUUUUUGACUUCGAACACAUUGAUAGAGGAGCAUUAUAUUAUAGAGAAUAUUUUUACGAAAAAGAGCAUAAUAAUUUAUUUGGGAUUGAUGAAAAGUUAGGACCAGUGGGAAUAUCAGUGAUCAGAGAAGUUUUGCCUAAGAUGGCUGUUCUAGGACAUUCCACACAUGAUCAGAACGACAAAAAUGCUAAUAAAAAGUAUCAGUAUAGGAUUAUAUUUCGUACUUGUGAGCUUUAUGCAUUAAGAAUAUCUGUUUUGGAGAAUUCUAUUCCAUCCACAUCGAGGCAUGGUUCCAAUCGUAUGUUGCCGCUAAAAGAUGUUUUAGAAUAUUGCUUUCCGGAUAUUAAUCUUUCUUGUCUAAGACAUGGCCUUACAGGACCAAAGGUGAGCGAACAAUUACUGAAGUUAGAUGAACAACAGUUGACUUUAAAAUACAAAAUUGGAUUGAUAUAUUGCAAAUCAGGACAAAAAACUGAAGAAGAAAUGUAUAAUAAUGAAAAAGGUGGCUCCGAGUUCUUAGAAUUUUGCAGUGUUAUUGCAGAUAAAGUGGCAUUGAAAGGAUUUCAAGGUUAUCGAGCACAGUUGGAUAACAAAAAUGAUUCCACUGGUCAACAUUCCUUGUACACAACGUUCCAUGGAAGAGAAAUUAUGUUCCAUGUCUCGACAGAAUUACCCUUUACAAGUCAUGAUAGACAACAGCUUCUUCGAAAAAGGCAUAUUGGUAAUGACAUUGUAACAGUAAUCUUUCAAGAGCCUGGUUCUGUACCGUUUACUCCACAGAUGAUGCGAUCACAUUUCCAGCAUGUGUUUAUUAUUGUGCGAGUGGAAAAUCCACACACGGAAUACACGAAAUACCAGGUUGCAGUAAGUCGUUCAAGAGAUGUUCCCUAUUUUGGCCCACCCAUUCCGCCAGACAAAUUCAGUAAAAAUGCAGCAUUCAGAGAAUUCUUGUUGAGCAAAUUGUGCAAUGCAGAACACGCUGCGCAUAAAUCUGACAAGUUCACUCACAUGGCACGCAGAACUCGAUAUGAAUACAUGAAAGAUCUUGCCACCACCCAGAUUUCCACACAAAAUAUUGACCCACCCCAAAAGUUUGCGUUCUCAUUCAGUACAAAGAAAAAAGAAAAAAUUCAUCCGCCAGUUCAUCCAGAAAUUUGGCUGCAAGCUGGAAUGGUAUGGUCGGUAAAGUUUGAUUUCGAGCGUGAAGGAUCAGGAUCAUCCGCGUUUCUUUCCAUUUCUACGAAAGCAAUCGUUUUUAUUGAACAAAGCACGCAGGAAAUUAUACUAUCAAUACCAUGUAAACAUGUUCUUGGCUGGAGACCUACAUCGCAAACGCUGAAGCUGUUUUACGGUGUUGGAAAAAUGGCGUUUUUUACGCUUGUGGAAGACGACUUGAAUGAACUACCAUAUAUUGUGAAUCGUUUGAAAGCCGUAACACCCGGCUGUGAGACACAAGACUUAACCCUUCGUCGAAAUAAUGAUGGGCAAUUAGGCUUUCACGUGUUUUACGAAGGUCUUGUAGCAGAAGUAGAACCGUAUGGUCUUGCUUGGCAAUCGGGUUUGAGAAAAGGAAGCAGACUUCUUGAGAUAAGUGGACACGUGAUUGGGACAAUGUCUCACGAGCGCAUGAUUUUGAUGUUGAAACGUCCUGGCGCGGUUCGCAUUGUUGUUCUGCCACCAGCACCUGAUGGACAACCAAGAAAUUAUAAAGCCGUACGUAACUUGCGUCGUUAUUCCAGUAUGACGUCAGUUUACAGUAUGUCGGCGGCUACUCUUGCAGGAAUCGGCGACAGUAGCUCUAAUUUGAGUUCAUCUAAAGAGUAUCUGACUGGCAGUACAGAGUCAUACAAUAAUGAAAUUGUUAUUACUGGAAAAGUCCGUUCCAUUUCUGUUGAAGGCGCUAUUGGGAGAAAAGAAAGUCGGAACUCCACAACAUCUGGUGCCUCAGAUACAUCGUCUUAUGAUAUGCCUGCCCAGUUUCGAGAUACGUAUUUUCAUUCACCAAGAAGCAUGCAUAACACUUCCAUAGAUCGCUCACAUCAAGAACGGUUGAUAACUUCGCGCUCUGCGUCUGACUUGCCAUCAGUCAAUGCAAGCAAAUCGAAUGAAAACUCUCCGCAAAUAACACAGCAUAAAAUGAAGCUUACUAGUCCCUCUAUAAGUGUCGAUCAUGAACUGGGAGAAAUUGAACGUCAGCUGACCGACACUCGGAAAAGCAUUGACGCCAAAUUUUAUCGGUCGUUGGCUAAUAGUCCCAAUCCUUUCUUUCGCGACGGUAAAUCGUCGGAAAAGAAAACUAUGGAAACUCAUGCCGAAUCUCGUCAAGAAGAUGAUGACGUAUUUUCGCACAAAGCAAAACUGGAAAAAGGUAAUGUGGCGAGUGUGUUUACGCGUCGAGCAAGCGACAUGCAUUAUCCUAUCGUCAACGAGAAGGUACAUAUGGUAUUAGGAAAGGAAAAUUCUCAACCGGAUGAAGGGAAAGGCACGUCUUAUGAUGUGCAAAAACGUCAACAGAAUAUUGACUUAAUAGUCAAUGCACGCACAAAGAAAAAUAAUCGCAACAGUCUAGAAGCUGCUUUUGAAAAUCCGAGGGAGUUGCCUGCGGAAAACGAUGCCCCUGGUUAUGCUAUUGUUGACACUGUGCAAGAAAAGGUUAAAACUCCAGCUCCUGUCAAACCUCCUAGACGCUUUUUGACACGAAAUGAACAUGUUUCAUCCGAAAGCGAUCCGAGAUUACAGAAGAUAAAAGUUCAACAAUGUGAUUCCAACGAAAGUCAUCGACGAACUGACUCUAUGGAAUUGCAGGAAAGUUUCUCUGAUUGCAGUCUGCGUAGUAAAAGCCAGGAGGCUCUAAACAGCGAGAAGGAGAAUGGGCCUAACAGAAAAGGUAGUUUAGUCCGAACGAAGGUUCGAAAUGCUCAUGAUAUAAUGCACGAACGAGUAAAACAAAAUAACUCGCCAACAUCACUCAGGCGUGAAGUAUUAAAGCAAUCCAACUCGAUAGAGAAUGUAACUUCGUCGCCUACGCAUUCGUCUAGAAAACCCCAUCAUGCAUCUAAUUUAGAAAAUGGACGUAGAAGUGCCAGUCCGCAAUUUUCUCCAAAAGGAAACAAACGUGACAAUGCUUUGAUUAAAGCAGUAGAUGCUGCUGCUAAUUCUAAAAUACAGACUGCAGAAGGACAUUCAAAUGCAGUCCCUGUACCAAUACGUAAACUUGAAGAUAGAAGGGGAAACCACAGCACUGUGUUAGGAAGAUCUCCGGAUGAUAAACUGGAUGACUCACUGACCGAGACCUUUGCGAAGCUUGAUGCUGCUUUCGGUUUUAAACCAGGUACGACUACUCCACCACGUGAAGAAAGACGAAGAAAGCGACGUAGCAAUAGAAGACGGUCAAGAAAUUUUGAACCACCUAGUUCGGAUUCUUCCUCAGAUAAUAAUGAAGUCAAACGAAGGGGAAGUAGAAAUUCCAGAAAGCUUGUUGGUGAGGAUAUUUCACCUCGCUUACCUAAGAGCGAAGAUAUUUCACCUCGCUUACCCAAAAGUGAAGCAGAAGAGAGCUUAGAAGCUGCCAUAUCUGAGUUUCAGAUGGAAUUAUCCACAAUGCCUGAAAAAAACGGUGUAAGGGGUGCAGUUGUCGCUGAAAGUGGUUUUAAAUCUAAACCUAUCCUGAACAACCAUCAGGGAAGCGAGGAAUCGAGUUUACCUUUUAGAAAAAUAAGUUCACAUGCGCACCAGACGGCUCGAACUGAAAGUAAUCCACCUAAAGUACCUGUCCGUACAUGUCGUCCGCAAAUAUUGAUAGAUCAUCAGAGGAUAAAACAACAGAAAAGUGUAGAAAAUCAUACCGCAAGCCCGAAGCAAUCGAGAAUAACAAGCGAGUCUUCAUACGACCCAUCAAAUUCUGCGCAACGAGCCAGAAUGAGAUCAGAAGCGAAAGUUAGCCUUACUGCAAUUCGACCGUGGUCACCCCCUCCGAGUACAGUUAAAACAAGUUCUAACAUCAAAGAAACGGUAAAGGUAGGCCAUCCAGAGAGGCCUUUAAAAAAGUCAGGCUCGCAACAAAGUGAAAACACAGAAACACAUGCGCCUUUCAAAAAAACAAUUGAAAGAAAUCAUGCAAGCAAAAGUGAACGGCCAAAACCUGAUGAUCUUUGUCUCGGUGAAAAUCGAAAAUUAAAUCAUGGUGAACAUGAAGUUGAAGUUGAAAUUCAGGAGGUUGUAACCGAAGUUGUAGAGGACCAACUCUCUCCCUUACCUUGUGUACCAAUCAGUCCAACAAGAGGAGGGAUUCAUUCGUUACCAGGACGCAGUAAUAAAAGAAGACGGGCCACUCUUAGCGAACAAGUUAAUCAAUCAUGUAGCACCACAUGUAUCCCACUUGUUGUCAGAGGUCUGGAUCUAGCGGCUAACAAAGGUUCAACAACUUCUCCCUGGAGCAAAGAAGAUCUUCACGUGAUGCUUACUGUCAUGGAAAACGAGUUAGAACAGGAAAGAGAAGAGAAAGAGCGAUUAUCUCAAGAGUUAACUCGUUCAAUGGAAGAAAAAGAACGAUUGCUUGAACAAUCAAAACAGGCUGCUUCUCAGUUGCGAAAAUUCACCUCCCUUUUCCUCGAUUCGUCGCCACAGGAAAAACAGAAAGUGAAGCAAAAGCAGAACGACCCACGAUAGUGUUAAUGACAGAAGUUGAAACCUCGAUAUCUGAUCUAUCGAUAAACACCGCAGCUGUUGUGUAUUCGACUUAUGACCACUAGUUGGUUUUGAGCUAUCUUCGUUACGAACGAUGUGCACGCGAAAUAAAUCUUUGUUUACACAACGAGAAAGCGUUUGUUGGAGCUGGUUUAUUUUUAGACAAUAUAUUGAAAUGCAAAAUCCGUUUAGUUAGGCCAAUACAAAUAUUGUGACAAAAAUUAAUUUUUACAUGUAGCUGUAAAAGCCAUGAUUUUUUUCUUGUUUUUUUUAAACUUAUUAUUUACAUAGUUAUUGCAAAUACACUCUGUUUAGUCAUUCUAAUUUGUCGAAUUUGCUUUCACGCGCGAGUGAACAUUCUUAAUUUGCUUUUUGGCGCGAAAAAUAGGUAAAGUAAGAUACAAAGAUCAUGUUUUUAAGUUAUGGAUUUUUUAAAAGCUUUCAAAACUAUCUCUGAUUAAUUUGUAUAUAUAUUUGUGAAAUUUAAUUAAAAGAUAUAUGUAUGUACUACAGUAGAAAAUUAUUUACAAUUUCUUCGUCACAUAUUUUGUAUGUGGUUUUAUCUGCGUUCACUUCUCAAAGUGUUUUUCUCUUUUUUCAUUUUCUUGUAUUUCUGAAGGUUGUAAUUUUUCUGGUACUUCAGCAUGAUUUCGAGGGGAACUUAACUUUACCAUCUGCUAGAUAUAAUCAUGCAAUGUUGUACCCUCAAUUUUUUAUCCAUCUCUGUUUAAUUUUAAUUAUUUUUUACCUGUCGUAAGCAUUAAUUUUGUAAAAUGAAAGAAAAACUAUUAUUAUACAGUUAAA